UUUCUUUCUCUUUUCCUUCCCAAUUCCCGUGAGGAGAAGGAAGAGGAGGACGCCACUGUUGCUGGUGUGGCCAAUUCAUUUGCCUGAAAGUCGUGUUUUGCAUAACAAGAGAAAGGUGUGCGUCGUGCAUGCCCGGGGACAAGCAUUGAAGCAGCGGGGGAGGAGGCUUCUCCGGCAAGUAGCAUGCAUGGCUGGAAGCUCCGUUAAGAUGCAACCUGCAUGUGACAGGGCCGACUCGCUGCUCCAUGACCGUAACGCCACAGACGCCAGAGGCCAGGAGCAGCAAGUGCAGUUGCGGCAGAGGCUGAGGGAACUACCGACGCUCCUCCGGAGUGGACUCACGCUGCGGAGAAAGCGCUCAGACGGCGGAGGCCGGAAUGUGUCUAGGAGAAUUUCAAAUCCUUAUGAGGAAAAUCCUCCUAUUAAGAGUUAUGAAGAGGAUGCCUUGUGUGCUGGAAGAGCCCUCAGAAACGUUUUUCUGUUACAAGCUGCAGCUCUGAUAAAAGAUAGAAUGUCUCUGAUGGGGCUUUGCAGGCAAAGUUGCAUUGGAUCUGAACUGGUAGAUUGGCUUUUGAGGUGCUGUACUUUCAUUAACAGCAGAUCUACAGCAGCUGGUAUCUGGCAGCUACUACUGAAUAUGGGAAUUGUGUUUUCAGUGGAUAAGCAGAUAUAUUUUCUAGACAGAUAUGUUUUCUACCAGUUCUCAUCUGAUGAAUGCACAUACUUAUUCUGUGAAUAUGAAGGAGAAAAAGGAUGGAUAAAUGGUGUGAAAUUUCUGUUGAAGAUGGUGCCUGUUACUUCUCCAAGGAUUAAUAUGUGUAACCUGGAUAACAGAAGAAUAGAAGAAACAACUGAAACCAAUGCAGAAAUUCUUGCUCGUCUCACAUCAGCAGUGCAGAGAGAACUGGCAGCUGUUCUUGCUGUGAAAGCAAGAAAAUCAGCAAUGAAUCAAAGUUAUGACAUCUGCAGUGGAGAGGCAACAGUGCAAAAAACCCCAAAGGCUAUCUGUGAUGCACAGGCAGGAGUUAUGUGCAAGAUUCAGGAACAAGAAGAUAUUGGGCACAUCGAACUUGUCCAGAAAUUUGCAAAAGAAAAUUGUCAUGUUCCACAGGCAAACAAAAGAGAACCAGUGAAUACAGAUCAGCUGGAUGAUGAAGUGACCACUGCUCAAGUGAAGGAACUCGACCAAGAUGUGCUGGUGCUUAGGAGAGUGUUGUCACAGAGCCCAACCCCCACAUCUCGGAGUGCAGAGAAUGAUUGGAGAUAUGUUGUGGUGUCAGGGACACCAGAGAAGAUUUUGGAGCAUCUCCUGAAUGACUUGCACCUGGAAGAAGUACAGGACAAAGACACAGAAACUCUUCUGGAUGACUUCCUCCUUACAUACACAGUGUUCAUGACAACAGAUGACUUAUGUCAAGCUCUGCUGAGACAUUAUUGUGCUAAGAACCAUCAGGACAAGGAUGAAAUCAUUGAUGUUCCCUGCAGAAAACGAAAAGUCUUGCAUUUAGUGUCCCAGUGGACUUCACUCUACAAAGACUGGUUGCAUGAAGAUGAGCAUUUGAAGCAGUUUCUUAUGACAAUAUAUAGAAAUGUGUUAGAUGAUGUGUAUGAAUAUCCUAUAUUGGAGAAAGACCUGAAAGAAUUUCAGAAAUUACUCGGAAUGCAUCGUCGUCACACUGUAGAUGAAUAUUCACCUCAUAGAAAGCAUAAAGCCAUUUUACAUCAAUACAGCCUCAAGCAGAACUGGCUUCAGACUAAAGAAUCUGUGAAUGAAACAGAAGAAGUUUUUUGCCGUGUAUAUAUAACACAACAUUCUUACAUCAGUGUAAAAACUAAAUUAUCCACUUCAGUUCAAGAGAUUUUGAAAAUUGUAGCAGAGAAGCUCCAACAUUCUCAGGAAGAUCUGGCUUUAGUAGCUCUUUCAUUCUCUGAUGAAAAACACGAAUUGCGACCAUAUGAUCUAGCAAUCUCCAAAUCUCUUGAGUUAUCUGCUCGUUUGUUUGUAUUUCGAAAGGAUCUGACAGAUACUUUGAUCCCUUUUGCUGAAAAUGAGGAAAUCCACCAACGAUCAGUGAAAAUUCUGGGGAUUAACACCUGGGACCUUGCUUUAGAAUUAACAAUUUUUGACUGGAAUCUUUUCAAUUUGGUUCAUGAACAAGAACUGAUAUAUUUCACCUUCAGCCGUCAAGGCAGUGGGAAAAACACUGUGAAUCUUAGUCUUCUGCUUCAAAGAUGCAAUGAAGUUCAACUUUGGGUUGCCACAGAAAUACUACUCUGCAACCAGCUCUGUAAACGUGUACAACUAGUGAAAAAAUUCAUUAAAAUUGCUGCUCACUGCAAAGCCCAGCGAAAUCUGAAUUCAUUUUUUGCCAUUGUCAUGGGGCUCAACACUGCCUCUAUCAGCCGACUUUCUCAGACAUGGGAGAGAAUGCCUGGAAAGUUUAAGAAACUCUUUGCUGAACUUGAAAGUUUGACAGAUCCCUCUCUGAACCACAAAGCCUAUAGGGAUGCAUUCAAGAAAAUGAAGUCCCCAAAGAUCCCUUUCAUGCCUUUACUCCUCAAAGAUGUAACAUUUAUACAUGAAGGAAACAAAACAUUUCUGGAUAAUCUUGUAAAUUUUGAAAAGCUGCACAUGAUUGCAGACACAGUCCGAUCAUUGAGGCAUUGUAGGCGUAACCAAUUUGGAAAUGAUAUACCCUCCAAAGAGCACGAAGAGCUGAAGCCCUAUGUCCAUUAUUUGCAUAUCAUUGACAACCAGCAGAUGUUGUUUGAGCUUUCUCACAGGAUAGAACCUCGUACAUGAAUUCAUACUUACAUAAUUCCAGCACUUUCAGUACAGUGAAUAUUUAUGUGCCAAACAUGUUGUUUUCCUAAGAAAUUGAUGAUUACUGAGUUUUAUCAGUAAUUGGUGCCACACUACACAUUGGCCUUUCAUGCAAAGCAAGAGGAAAUGAUCUUCACAACAAACUUCCAAGAUGAAAAGUGCCAAAUCUACUUAGCUACAGAGUGAAGAAAUGAUUCACCAUAUUGAAAACCUUAUUUUCUUUGAACACUUUUGUUCAAAACAGCUUUCAGUCCCAACUCAGUGUAAAUUGAAAUAAAAUGUUCUAUCCUUAUAAGGGUCUAGCAGCACUGUUUUGAGGAAGAUGUUGAUAAUUUGGCACAUGGGGAUAUACCUCACUAAUCAUAAGCUGCCCUAAGUAUUUAUUCUGGUGCCAAAAAGAAAGUAUAGGGCAGUAUUGAUGAAUCAUCCCCAAGAUAUGUGCUGGCAUCCACUUUAUGAUUAAAGCAUAAAGAAAGACAAAUUGUUAGAAUAUAGAUACCUAACAGAAUUUAAAAUGUAAGCACAGUUAAUACUUUAACAUCUUGUACAGUAUUUCAAAAUGUGCUGUCUAAUAAAGCAAAAUUCACAAGCAUCAAUUAUGGUAAUCUAUUAUGUGCUUUCAUGCUGGAUUAGAAUUUAGAGCACUCUGCCUUUAAUAUUUCUUGUGGGUAAUGCUUUUUAAACUUUAGAACCACCUAAGUGUUUGGUCCUUUUCUUAGUAUUUCUAUUAGAGGCAAGCAGUGUCACGAAAGUGUUGUGCCUAUAGCUUUAUUACAAACAAAUAUAGUUUAUUUUAUUCUAUGUUCACUUCACUGUGCUAUUACUAAUUACUGUUAUCUUCACAUUGGUGCACGUUGAUUGCAGAACAGUACUAAAUUGAUAAGAAAGAACCUGUCAUACUGUGGGAUUGUUGCUUGCAACUUGGAAAACUACAGUGGAAUCUCCAGAAUUACUUUUUUUAAAAAGAAGAAAGUAAAAGUGCUAUGGCAUACUUACUGACAUUAUUAACAUUUAAAGUAAUAAUUUAUAGCUAUUAAAUCUGAUCUUAUCAGUCAUAAACAUAAUUUACAAACAAAAAUGAAAAAAGUUCAUACAAUGUAUUAAGCCAAAUUCAUGAAUCUGACCAUAGACGAAUUAUACUUUGAGAAACAGACAUAUUGUUGUUUUUUCCUUACAAGGUUAAAAGCUGGGGUUGAAUUCCAAUAUACAGGAUGAGGAGGACUCUGUCAUAAGAGAACUUGCAUUGGAAAUGAAUGGAAGAUUUUCAAAGUGUGUCUGAGAAAAAAAAAUCUUAGCAUUUUUUCUUUAAGAUGCAAUUACAAAAGAGAAAAGGUGAAGACUUGUGGGUUUCAUACUGACAGCAGAUUUUCAUUCAUGUUGCUGUAAAGACAAGUUAUGCCAUCAAAGUCACAGCCUAACGCAGCACAGAAAACUAAACUGAUAUGAGUAACACUUUCUAGCAACUUGUAUGACAUUUUAAUUAGCAUACUAUUUUAAUUAGAAUAUUCAUUCUGGAUUCAUAGUAAUCUAUGAUUAAAAAAAGGUUUUCUGAAGAGAAAGAUUUAAAACCUAUAACAAAUUUGUGAGAGAAUCACAGAUUUGUUGCAAUGUAUUUGAAUGUAAUUUGAACAUGUGACUUAAAAGUGGCAGCUUUGGUGUAAUAUUUCUUGCGCCUCAGUUUUCAUGUUGAGAUAUCAAAACUACGCUUACAUUCUUGAAAUCAUGUUUGCAAUUUGUUCCUAUCUUCAGAAUGUCUUCUUUAUUCUUCUAUUAAGUAUUCUCAAAAAAUUGCCUAAAGAAUGCAGUAAAUAGAAUGUAUUCCACUGUGCAUAAAGGAAUGCUAUAUGCAGCUUUAUACAAAAUAGACAUCCACAGGGUGAUACUAGUUGACAAUAGAGGCUAUGUUAAAAAUUAGACCUCCCUUUUGGAAACACCUGAAUUGUUUUCUUUGUUGUACUGCUUGCAACAUUUAUUCAAGAACUUUUUCUACAAAAGAUUCUUCAUAGAAAAUUGACAGACAAAAUCAGUUUUAAGUGAUAAGGAAUGCUUUUUGUUUGCAAUGAAGUAAGAGUUUUUCCAUUAGAUUUGACCUGUCUCAAAAAAUUGAAAACCAUGUACAGGUAUAGUAUAUAAACAAUGUACAUUUCUGAACUUAAUAUACUAGUUAUUCAAUGUCUUCUAGGAAUUAUUUGAUAGAAAUCAUCACAAUAUUUCCUUAGAUAGUUGAACAAAUUAGAAACAGCAUAGAUAAAUUAUUUAGGAAAUUUCACUAUGUUUUUCUUAUAGCAACUUAGCUGAAGAAGCAGUAUGUUUGUUAGCUGAAGAGCAACUGUUUGGUUCAGGAGUAGGAAUUGUAGUAAAAAUAUGUUAUAAGCUUUAUUUUUAUUCACACACAAAAAUAGCAUUUGCAGUGGGAGAAGUCCCAUCUGUUGUAAAUAAGCUUUCUAUGCGCACAAAUAAACUACACCUUUAGAAAUGAAAUUGAACAUUUUGAAAAAAGGCAUUGCAAUUUGGCUUGCUUCAUAACGCCACUGAAGGUUAUAUUUGAAGGGAAGAAUUCAAGCUUUUGUUCAGUCCAUGUAUUAGGAUGAGCCUCUGUUAAGUGGUUGAGUUUAAACUAUUCUUAUCAAAUAAGAAUUCUACAUUUGUAGUUCUAGAAUAAAUUAACUGGAAAAGGUGAGAUUUGCAGGGAAGGAUUAGUAGAUUAAAAACUAAUAAUGUAUAACACGAAGUGGCUGGUUCUUAUUUCUAAAUAUUGUCUUGCCUUUAUAUAUCCAUUAACAGCUUCAUAUAAUUGCAGUCUUAAGACACCAAAAGAUUUAUAGAAAUUCGAAUCUGGCUUUUCUAUUUUGCUACCAUUCUGAAACCUGUUACUACUUUUAAUGAGCAAGCUUAAUGUUUAGUGAAGUAAAGCAAAAACUGGAUAAUUUUCAAACCUCAUGAGCUGGACUAUCUGGUGCCAGAUGUUGUAAGCAGCAUUACUUGAGUUCUUCAUUUCAGUGGUCUCUUAGUCAUUAUUUAGCUAAAGGGACUAUUCGGAAUUAUGAGCCAAAUAUUUCCUAAAAAUAAGCUAUGGUUAUAACUUGGGUCUCAUUUUACCUAUGCAAGAGUAUAUAGCAGUUGACUGGACUUUAGAUAAUUUAAGAUAUAUUAAAACAAGGGAAAACAAAUAUAUUGAUUUAGGGCAAUAAUGUAUUACCUGCUAAGCAGUUUUGUAUUUGUUACUUUAGAGCUAAAUAACUAGAUAAUUGCAUUUCUGUGGAAGUGCAUUCUGACUGUAGAUUGUAAAAAUGAACAAUUUUCUCUCCAAGGUUAUGUUCAGGGGAAAAAAAGAACACAAUUUGCCACAAUUUGGGGAGUCUGAAGCCAGAUUUGUAGUGUAUAAUCUCCAUUUUAUCCUACUUCUGAUACAUUCAUGUAACUAUCUCUUGAAAGGAGGCCAACUUUAAGACAACGACUGAGUCAGCCUUAAGAUCAUUAAGAUAUACUUUUGUCUAACAAAGAAACAGUCCCUGCAUUGAGUCUUUUGUGUACACUCCAAGUCUUGCUGGCUUCAGAAGAUUAUUGGAAUCAAAAUUAUACAAUUGUUUUUUAUGCUUCACAGUAAUUCCCACUGAACACGAUAGGACUUGUUCCUCAUUAAACGUGCAUAGGAUUGCAAUAUAAUUUGGAAUAACCCUUGGUCCUCAAACUACUGUAAGAGCUAUACGCCCCCAUAAGAGGAGUACAAAUAACAAUUAAAAAGGUGGGGGGGUGAUCAACCCUAGAAAUAUCUAUACAAACAAAAAAGCACUGUUGCAGAAUAGUGUAAGACCAUUUGGAGUGUAUUGGGCGCUAUAAAUGAACAUUUGCAUGGCUGUAAAAAA